AGAGGGCAAACUUUGACCCACAUUCACACACUCGCCAGUUGCCAAUCAUAGCGGUCGGUUGUCCCUGCGCCCUGAUCUUGCUAACCGUUGUUGGAAAGUAGACUCUCUAGAGGAAACAAUAUGAAGACUGUAGCAGUUUUGAUCGCGAUGGCGGCGACUCUGGCAACUUGUGAUGCCUUCAACUGCCACGAGUGCAGCAGCCCCAAGAGCGAAGCGUGCGGAGAGACCUUCAGUGCCACUAGUGCCACCACAGUGACCUGUGACACCGCGUGCUUCAAGGCCGUUACCAAAGUGGAAACCAUACUAGGCUCUAGCACAACGUACUCCAGAGGCUGCUCCACUACUACUCCAAAUUCCAUGUCCUGCUCCAAAGACAGCGGUGGCAUCUCCGGCCUCGCUAGCGGCUCCACCGAGGCUUGCUACUGUAACAGUGAAUUGUGCAACUCCGCCUCCAACCUGCUGCCCUCUAUCGUUCAGAUCGUCAUGAUUGUCGCUGCAGCUCUUUUCUUCCAGAAGUUUUAGAAUGUAUCUUAUGAUGUGUAGCAUUUUGGAUCGUGACUGAGAAAUGACGAAUACUGCGAAAAAAGAUUUUUCAUUAUGAUACUAAAGACUGAUUUCCAAGUUACUGAAGGUCCGUUUAUUUCAGAUUAACAAACGUACUAGGAAAGACGAUGCUGUGAACAUAGUUACGAUUCUUUCAUUCUCGUUACUUCGUGUAAUGGCUUCUCGUGUUGAUUAAUAUUAAUAUACUGAAUUUGCGAACACGAUAAGAUUUCUAAUUGCUUUUAGAAAAGCAACCAAUAUUUUUUACAUUAAAGUACUAAUCUUUCUUUUCUAUUUUCAUAAUUCUCAAGAUCUCUGUCUAACAAAUAUUUUUGAGAGUGAAAUAUUUGAAUAAAUUGUCAAAUUUA